ACAUUAUCGUAUUUCAGUCUUCGUUUUUAUUUUGGACACAUUUCAAUAAUAAUCGUGUCACCAAUUUUUCUUCUUCAUACUUUUGAUAUUGGAAAUAUUAUUUUCGUAAAGUUAAAUAGAAAAUUAGAAAAAAAGAAAUGGCUUUUUGUGGGGAGGCCUCGACAUGGGCCAAACUAUCGUUAUUGUUGCUGGUUUUAGCCUUUAGUUUACACUGUACAGGUUAUGGUACCAAUUACUGGAUGGCAAGGAAUACAGCACGAGAUAAGAGUAAUUUUGGUAUAGGUUUAUGGAAGAUGACAGAUUGUUCAGGCUCGUACAAAGCCCCGUGUACCGACGGUGACAUUCCCGACAGCUACAUGAAAAAGUAUGUAAAGGCGGUGAGAGGAAUGGAAUCAAUUGCUCUGAUACUAAUCUUCGUCCCCACAAUUUGCCUUGCAUUCUACGUUGGUUCUCAAAGGUCAAGGACACGUGGCAUGGCCAUUGCUAUAAUAUCUCUGGUGCUUGGUGCAGUUGUAUUCAGCAUCAUCGGUAUGAUAGUGUGGUUAGCUUAUAUGCCGGAGUUCCAUUACGCCGGCUGGUCGAUGGGACUCACUGUCUUCGCCAUUACACUGUGUAUAACGGCCGCUAUAAUUCUCAUCCCAGAUAUUAGAGAGUAUGAUUAUAAGGACAUGCUGAAGGUGGGUGGAGAGUUCCAGAACCUGCCUGUGACAAAAGAGGACUACCCCCCUCCAUCUAAUGAUGACAUGUACCGGGCCGAUAUGAAGCCUGUUGUAGAGGCACAUGGUAGAAUGGCCGCACCAGUAUAUCAGUUCCUCAACUAUGACAAAAAACGAAAAAUGGAUGGUUUUUAAAUUGUUGACUAUAUGUUUCACUCCAAUAUAUUGCAUGUUGGCUGUAUAUAUUGAUUGUUUCGCUUUUUUUUAUAUUAUUUAUACAUUUUUAUGAACAUUCUGUUAAUUAAUACUAUAUUUCUUAUGUAUACCAAUAGUAAACUGUUGUUUAAAAAAAUA